AUUAAUUAAAGUUGUUCUGAAUAGCGGGAUUUUAUAGGUAGAUGGCAGUUCAAUACAGAUUGCAGGACUGGCUAUUGCCUAAAUUCAUGUCGCAUAUGAAUGACAUCAAUUCAGACUGUUGAAGUGUAUGACGAUAGUCUCCGGUUUUGUUUUAUUUCUUUCUCGUUAAUUUAUCACGGAGCAAGAUAGGAACUUCAUGGACGUUUGCAAUUUAAACAUGGACCGCCUUUAGUUUAUUUCCACGCCGACAAACCAACACAGAUGUUCAAAUACACACAGUUCCGUCUGCAACUUAAACACACACACAGUCGUGCUUCAUAUUUGAAUAAUAAUAUAAAUAUUGUGAUGCAAAAUAGCCAGCAUUUCAACAUUCAAAUCACAUAAAGCGACAACUAUAGAAGCAGGUGAAUCAUCGUCAGUGAUUUUUUAAUUUAGUGGAUCGAGCAGCCAGUGUUUAUUCAUUUGAUGAAAUACUAUACCUGAGUCAUUCACUUCCUAUUACGUUGGGUGGACUGGACAUUCAAUAGUGUUUGUUUCCCAAUUUUAUACAUAUUAUUCUAGAUUGAUACUUGGUUUAUAAAGGACAUCGAGAGCAGCUCUUGAAUGCUAGACUUUCAAUAUUAGUAAUAUCUCAAUUUUGUUUCAUUUUAAAGCGAGUACAAAUGCAAUCAACGUGUAUAAGCUUGGCGCUUGUUAUAUUUGUAUAUCUACAGCCAAUUUACAGCCAUCAAGGUCAUGGAGGACUCAAACCUGGUGGUAUAUCACACGACCAUGAACAUGAAACAGACGAACAUAGGGAAUAUGAAAAGAAUGUAUUGUUAGGCGAAGAAGAAGAAGGGGCUGGUUACGAUGAACUCACGAGAGAAGAGAAAGUCAAACGAUUAUUGUAAGUAUAAACAGUAUAGCAAUAUAAUAGCAGCAAUAAAUUGAUCUCUACAAUAUAACGUCUAUUUUAACUUCGAAUAUGUUUAUAUAUUUUAUAUAUGAGUAUUACACUGUUGGUAUGACUAAAUUUAAAAUAUUUCCCUUAAUUACAACUUACAAGUUAAUAUUUUGAGUUUAAUAUUUGUAUUUAAAAGUAUGUUUUAAUGCUCACGAAUGUCUACCAAAUCACUUGGUAUUUAGUAAUAUAAUAUGCAUAUAGUAUAUCUCUCAACAGGAAACCCACAUACAAUCAUAAUAGACUAUUUGCAUAAAUUUGGCUCGAGGUCUAGUGCGAAAUGUGAUUGCUCGACACUUGCCCUACUCCAAAUCUUUUGCUGCUUGUAGAUCUGCCAUAGAGAAAGUCGAAUAAGGUUUGAUUACUUUGAUACGCCGCAAUGUUUUACAGUCCACAAUUAGUUUUAGAAAUAUAAAACAAAAUAUACUUCUUCUGCACUUGCGAUUUAUGUAAUAAACAAGGCAACAAGGUACACGGUGAUCUUUCCUUUUAAUUUGCAAAUCUAUAUAUACCAUGUGAGAAAAAAUGAGCCACCACAUAUGAUAUAAUGUGCAUGUGUAUAUGUAUCUGAAGUCUCAAGUCUACUCUAAACAGGAAGUAAUACACAAUCACUAUAUACAGGAGCGGACUUUAUUCAACUUGAUUCUUUGCAACUCUAAUUAAUGGCUGGACGUAGGAGCAAAUUGUGCUUGGCUGGCCGAAUUCCUUUUAAGCCGACGUUCACGAUUCCAUCAGGAAAAGGACGCACUUGUCGUUAAAACAGGCAACCAUGUUUCACUAAACAUAAAGCCAAGGAUAUUGCUGCUGCCUCGCAUGAAUGAUCUUCAUGUAAACCCGUAACCUCUAAACAAUAGGAUAUUUAGGCAGCGUUUACACUGUACCGUUUUCGUAGCGUUCUCGUAUUGUUCGAGAGAACUAGACUAUUGUCUUGCGUUCCCUUGAGGAUUAAGAACAAUACAAGAACGCUACGAAAACGGUACAGUGUAAACGCUGCCUUAAUUUAGUAUUGCAGUACUUUCUUUCGUUAGCCCUGCAGUUGAGUAGUGAGUACUACAUUGACUCAUUGAGCAGUUGUACUAUUAACAGUGGCUUUAUGGUACAAAUCAUUAAUUUUGGGCUACUAGAUUCGACCUCGAUAUUUCUUCGUUAUCGUUAGCUCUUCGCAAAUGGCGUAUUGCAUAAUAUGAAAUUUAAUUUAUUCUCGCUGCAUGCAUGGAGAUUGGAGGUGGAUAAAUCCAGCUAUGUGAUCUAACCGUAUAUAGGGGCUGUUCAUAUGAGCAAAAGUUAUCCCGGUUAGCGAGAAAACUUUUCGACAAGUUUACAAGCGAAAUCUCGCCUUGCUAUGAAAAUAAUAUGAAAAGUUACACUGCGUUCAUAUAUGUCAAUAUGACACAAAAACUUUUCCCAUGCAUGUACCGAGAUCUCAGUUGUUCCCAUCGUGUCAGCAACUUUUCAAUUCAAUUGAUGUUCAGUGCUACGUCACAGCCGAAAACUAAAACAUUACCUGGUAAGCGGGAUAACUUUUCUCCAUAUGAACAGAACAAGAGUAUUUGGCUAGUCGAAAAGUUUUCUCGUUAAAGGCGGUUUUCCACUAGGCGAAAUUUUUCGACCGAAUCGAAAUUUCUCUUUGUUUCAGAGCUCUCGAGCAGAACUAAUUGUAAAAAGACAAAGAGAAAUUUCGUUUCGGUCGAAAAAUUCCGCCUCGUGGAAUCAGGCCUUUAAGGCGGUUUUCCACUAGGCGAAAUUUUUCGACCGAAUCGAAAUUUCUCUUUGUUUCAGAGCUCUCGAGCAGAACUAAUUGUAAAAAGACAAAGAGAAAUUUCGUUUCGGUCGAAAAAUUCCGCCUCGUGGAAUCCGGCCUUUAAGGCCUAAUUCCACGAGGCGGAAUUUUUCGACCGAAACGAAAUUUCUCUUUGUCUUUUUACAAUUAGUUCUGCUCGAGAGCUCAUGAAACAAAGAGAAAUUUCGAUUCGGUCGAAAAAUUUCGCCUCGUGGAAAACCGCCUUAAAGGCCUAUAAUUCCAGGACGAGCGAAAUGCGAAAAAUUUCGCGCGAAAAGGUUGAACGCAUGCGCAACAUGAUUUUGGAAUGUUUCUCUGCGACAUAUCUCUCUACGCCGGGUAGUUGAAUUCGUUUCUACUCCGUUGCGAAAUGGAAAUAGCAAAGCCAAUCAAAUGCUUGUGUUUUGGAUGACAAAAUAGCGAAACCAAUCAAAUGCUUGUGUUUUGGCGAAUUUUUCGCUUGUCGUGGAAUUAGGCCUUAACCGGGAUAACUUUUGCCCAUAUGAACAGGCCCUAAGUAUAUGUCGAGGUUAUACAGUAAUGAAUUUUGCCAUGAUGGUCAUAAUCAUUAAGAUACAAUAAGAUGGUGUGGAAACUAAACGAAAAUCUUUUAUUUGUUUGAAUUCUUUUGUAUGAGUUAAGUAAAUUUAUGUUCAUUUGUCCUUGUAUUCUCGUAUAAUUACAGUGUAAGUAAUCCAAAAUAAUCAUCCAAUAUGGAUAGCUGAGGUGAAACGUGCAACCACGACAGCUCAACAUCAAACAAAGUGACUGUUCUAUUUUGUAGCUUUGAUGUUUGCCGGGCUUCCAGACCGUCAUAAUUUCCUUUGACAGCUAGAUAUAGGCUUUAGCCUGCAAUGACCUACAGUAUGAGUAAGAGUUCACAACAUAGAUUCAAUAUCAGAGUACAGGGUCUAUGGAAUAAAAUUGCUGUGGUCUUUAUAAACUAUGGUUAUGAUACUUCUACAAUCACACAAUUUUCAUAUUUCUGUAGUACUGUACAUUUCAAGCUCUUUUAAGGGGACACAUUGCUGAUAACAAAAAAAGGAUAGCGCCAUCCAACAGAUAGUGAUUUUUCCGAUGGAUAAACCUACACCAAAAUAAUAGACCCAACAAUAAGUAAAACCUAAUAAGGGACCGGUCAUUAAUUACAGGGGGGGGGAGGCUGGUGGAAAUGAAAAAUUAGAUGCUAAAAUUUUGUUGCCCCCCCUUGAGGAUAACACAAUUAUACUUGACCCCCCCCAUCCAAAUAACAAAAGGCACAUUCGUUUAAAGUUCUUAUUAAGUGAAGCCACAUUUAAUCAUAUACUGCCCUAUCAUAGUUGCCAACAUUGGGAAUAAAACAUCCGUGAGAUUUUGCUUUAGGGGGCCCACGAGGCUCCACCAUAGUUGGCGCCGAGCAGAAAAAUGUGAAAAUAUGGAGUCUCUAGAUCGUUAGAAAUGGCAUUUUCAGAGUCUUCUAUACCUUAUACACACAAAUUUUGGUGAGUAUACGAGGUUGCAUGAAGUGAUGUUUUGAUUAUCCAUUUUUGGCUUAAUGGCGUGAAUUUUUUCAGAAGAAAAACGUUUUAUGUAAUUUGACGCAAAUGAAGUCACUCUUAAUAGUUAAAAUGUGCAACAUUGCCAACAUAUUUAAGAACCAGUUGGGUUAUUACUGAUAUUGACAAGCUGUCAGCUCACCGUGAGGUUUUCGUAAAAUCCGUGAUGCUCAUGGUGGAUCCGUGAGAGUUGGAAACUAUGCCCUAUAUACAUGUAUCGUAAUUUAUAUAGUCUUUACCAUUUAUUGAGUCAAAGGCUAUUCCAACGUACAUGUUUAUUUUGAAAUCCGUUUAAUAAAUGGUGUUGUGUUGGAGUUUACUACAGUUCUACUGCUCUCUAUUUUUAUCUGUUGGUUUUAUGGUACAACAGGGUCAUCAUUAUAUUGCACAACAAUUUUUGCCCCCCCCCCCUUUUUCAUGCACAAAAAUACCUGACCCUAAGGGUGCACCGGAACCAGUUUUUUAAGUUCCGGCCGGAACCGGAUCCGACCGGAACUGGAAAAAGUUCCGGCCGGAACCGGAACUAAUUUAUUAAGCCAUAUAUAGUCAUGUUACUUUGUCCGCUGCCAGAUAGGCAGACACUUCAAGUCAUAAAGGAGAGAGCUCGCAAAUGUUAGAAUAAAAAGAUUGACAAGGGUUAAACGUCAUAAUAAAGUGUUAAUAGUGUACAUUUCCCUUGCGUAGUCCAAAUUUCUUCCUACUGUGACCUUUUGUUAGACACAAAAACGUUUGAUAUUCUAUCUCUCUGAAAACAACAGAGUUUCGGUUCCGGCCAUGCUUUUUUUACUAGUUCCGGCCGGAACCGGAACUCUAAAAAAUCGGGGUUCCGGUGCACCUCUACCUGACCCCCCUCUUUCCACCGCCCCUCCUCCCCUGUAAUUAAUGACCGGUCCCUAACUUUAAUUUGUAAGUAAACACACUUUUAUAAUCUAGGUUAAUCGUAAAUUUCACCCAGUAGACAGGUCCAUACGACCUUUGUACAACUCAUGCCAGAGCUUGAGUGAGAGGCAGGCACAUCGUUAGAACGCACGAGCGCCUCUCGCAGACACCUGUUAAAUGAAUGCAGACACAUUUCAACAUUUUAUUAAAAUCCAGAUAUUUUACAACAUUUAUUUCCCAAAAUCUAAAAUACGAUUCUGAAGUUAUGAAUUUUGCUUAUAGGCGCUAAAUAUGAUUAAUUAUUCCUCAUGAGAGAGUUUUAUACACAAAAAAUCACAUGCAUGUGUGUCCUGUGUGCAUUCAAUAAAUCAGCUGUCACAAUAUUAAUGUUUGUGAUGCUACAGUUAGUAAUAUACUAUUGGAUACAACAUUUCCGCCAUUCAUUUGCAUGAUCAUCAAUAAUUACACAACUGUAUUAAGUUUGCCACACAUGUUUGUCAACAUUUCUAUAGCGCAAGUUUAUAUGUAGGUAAUUAUGAUCAAAAUAAUGCGCUUUACGCCAAGUACUACACGUCUACGGUUACCCAAAUAUAUUACAUACUUAGCUAGCCUAUAGACUAUUAUGAUAUAUUAACAGUGUUCAUCCUAACCUUCCUCCGCGGAAGGAAACCAGAACAACCCGAGAAAACCGCCACGACUUUUGGCAGAGCGUUGACAUGAACAGUCUGGGCCGCUGUAAGUAGUGCAAAUAUAGUAACAAAAUUUCGGUUGAUAGGGAUGCAACUACCUGAAAUAUACAAUGAGAAAUUCUCCUUGUCUUUUCACACUAAUCUGUAGAGAGAAACGAACUCACGAUCUUAGAGGUUGAAGGCGCUCGCUCUAACGUGACGACUCCGCCAUCGAGAACCGUCAUCGAGCCCCGCCACCGAUUCCCAUGGACCACGUACCGAUUAUGCUGUUGGGUACUUGCCCAACACCACAAUCGGUGUGAAUUCUUAGUCUAUGGCCAUAUCAAAUAUAUCGUCAUGACAGAUUAGUUUUGUAGGAACAUGAGUAAAAGAAAAUGCUAUAAAAAGAAACACAGAUUGUUAAAAGGUACAACACUGUAUUCAUUUCCAGAAAAAUCGCAAAGAAAGUUGAUUUCAACAGCGAUGGCGCACUAACUCAAGAGGAGUUGAAGAAAUGGGUCCAAGAAAAUCAUAUGAAAUAUCUUCUAAAGAACGCUAUAGCUUACAUUGCUGAUGUUGAUCUUAACAACGACAGUAAGAUGUCGUUCAAAGAGUACGAGGAAUCACAUUUUCCCGCAGGUAGGAGGAUCUAAUGAAUGUUUUAACGGUUCUGAAAUACAAAUAUCUCUUCGACAUCGAACAAACAUGCACGAAUAUCAUCGCCCAAAAUAAUUUGAACAUAGGCUAUACAAUAAUAAUACAGAGGUGCGUGGAUUUCUAGAAACGGGAAAUUAGGAAGAUGUAUAGCCCUGACAGGGCCGUAGCGAGGGGGUAUUGGGGGGGGCGGUUAACCUCCUCCCCCCCCUCCGCCCCCCAACUUUUGUAAAAUUAACAUAUUCGGAAAAUCGGGUUGGCCAUUCGGAAAAUUACGGCAAUAAUAGCAUAACAAAAUUUCAGUUGUUUAGACAGAGAAAAUAUUAUAAAAUGGUAUGGGGCAGGACCUGACUUUGCACGAGUUUCUUUACUUUCUUAAUCCUGAAGAAGGAAAACAUAUGAGAAAAUGCAUAGUGCUUGUAAGUUUUGUCUUAAUUUUGUUCCUUCAAUCGUGUAUGCAUGCAGGUGCCGUAGAACAAGGAGGUGGCCUAAGUUUACAUUACAGUGGGACCCCUAUUAAGCGUCCAAACCUCUAUUAAACGGCCAUCUAUUAAUAAAGUCCCAAAAUAUUUCCGAUACAAUUACUAUAACAUUUUACGAUACAAUUACUAAUAAACUCUCUAUUAAACGGCCCUGUAUUAAACGGAGAUUUAAUUUUUCUAUAAUUGUACUUUAUCUUUAUUAAAUGGCAGAAUACACUCAUCUUAACCAGAAUGACUAACACAUGCGCUCACAUAACAGUGAUCUACAAUUACUGCAUAGUGUUUUCCAAGUUCUACACCUAUCUGCAUCAAAUACUGUAAUCAGUUUAUUAAAGUAAUAUUCAUAUAGUUUAGCUUUAAGGACGUAUACGGAAGAAGAAGAUUUAAUAUCACUAGGCAAGCUGUUCCAUAGAUACACAAUUCUAUUGAAGUACGAGUUCCUGAAAAGAGUUGUUCUACAUAGAUUUGGACGCAGAAAGUCACCAGUAUUGUGAUCAGUAUAAGUUAUAAACUGAUUUACGAAAUCACAGCAUUUACAUGGAUAAUAUUUAACAAAUCGUAAAUCGGUAAAUGUUUUUUCGGUUUAUUACUUCUCAGGGCCGUAACAACGGGGCUAAGGCAGCAGCCCAAUAAUGUGCUAAUUUCCUGAUAAUCACUCUUUUUUCAAAAUCAUGCACACCUUUAUCAUUUAAAUAAUAUACUUUUAAAAUACUGACAAUUGACAGAGGAGGUUGGACAGCUAAUUAGCGAGUUGUCACGUGAGCUCUCGACCAAUGAGAUCGCUCUAUUUUCCAUCGUGUUAUCUGCAGAAUUUGGACAUAAAAAUUUGCAUUCGACGGAAAAUAAAUCGGGAAAAAAUAUUAAUAUUAAAAUUUUCUUGCAAAAUCUCAAGUGUUGUAGUACUACUACUAAAGAUCUGGUGAUAUCUGUAAAAAUCUCUGAGGUAAACUUUAUUUUCAAUGUUAUUUUGAUGUUUGAAGUUAGACGACUCCCCGCGACGUGUCGACUCAAGUCUAAAUAUGUUUACAAUGUUUAAAAUGAAAUAUCUAGAAUUCCCAUGGUUCGAUUUUCUUCAUUUUUGGUAGUCGUCAAGACAAAAGUAUAAGCUUUAAAUCUGCUGGAAUGAUCCCGGUGAUCCCCCGGCAGUUUUCGAGAUAUUGACCGUUGAAGUGACUACUGUCAACUCGAUGUUCGCUAAAAUGGCGUCUAAUACCGUGGAAAGAAUUUGCGCCAUCAAAGAUGAUAUUUUCAAUGAAUUUUUGUUAAAGUGCUAAAAUAUUAUUUAGAAGACUUAGGAGUUGUUUUAAUAUUUUUGUAGAAUUUAUAUCUCAGCGAUUUUCAAAGUUUUGUUGUCUUUGGCCGACGCGACUGGAUCGUGUACGUAUUUCAAGACGAGCUGAUCGCCUGAUCCUGGGGUUUUUGUGGAAAAUCGAGCUGCGGAUCCUCAGCAUGGACAAAUCAGUGUCAUAACAGCCCAUUUCAAACCAGCAGAGAGCUCCACUUGUUUUAAAACAAUAAAACAAGUUUUUAUUGUAUUAUCAUAUCUAUCAUAUUAUUCAUAUAUAAACAAAUUAAGGGAGUGGUCAUUAUUUAAUGGGGAGGGGGGGGGGGGUUGGUAAAUGGGGAAAAUAAGGAUUAAAAACUUUUUUGACCCCCCUCCAGACUGAAGGCAAACUUUUUGUGCCUCCUCAUAAAAGUAGAAACUUUUCUGACCCCCUCCCCGCCAGUGUGGAUUGAAAAAUGAACAGCAAUGAAACAGGUGUGCAUUGCAGGUAAAGUUGGAUAUUAGGACAAUCUGUUUAAAUCUAGCUCAUGAUGUUUUACCCUGGUGAAUAUGAUUCAACCAUAUAUGAUUAAAAAAUAUAUAUUAUGUGUUACUACUGCAAUGCAACAUUUGUCUUUCCAUAACCCAUGGCCCGUCUUCAUACAGCGAAAUGAUUUGAACACAGGGCUUUUUUUAAGAACUUGUCUGGGGGUGGGUAUCUACAAAAAUGGACCAUACUAUACUGAGUGUGGAGAGAUGACAGAUGGUUGUUGGUGACAAAAAGUUUGGUGAGGUAUUGUAUGUAUUAGUAGGGGGGUCUGGGGAAAGUUUUUUCAGUGUAUUUUUCCCUAGGACUGAAAUGUGAGCAUUUUCUGAAACAGAUUUUUGGAUAUACGGUGUUACAUUGUGCUUUGAUAGACCGAAUCUGAUCAGUUAAGUGCACUUGCAUGGUAUGUUUAUGUAAAUACCACAACUGGGACACUCAGGGGGUAGGAAGCUUGUUAAACUUAGUGGGUCCCACUCCCACGAGGCACUACCAUGGUUGGCACUAAGCAAUUUUGAGUCUCUAGAUCAUUGUAAAUGGCAUUUUCAGAGUCUUCUUUUUUGCUAUUUGUGAUCAUUAUAGAAAUCAGAACUCUAGGCAUGAUAUUUAAGUUCAAAAACUUUUUUGACCCCCCCUUUCUCUGCAUUAAAACUUUUUUGACCCCCUAUUUAUAAGGGUAAAACUUUGUUUGCCCCCCCCCCCUCCCCCCAUAAAUAAUGACCACUCCCUAAGUGGCAUGUUAUUGUUGGGAUCUCAGAUUAAUUUAAUAAAUAUAUAAAUAGACAUCUUGUUGUAUUGUUGCAUCAAUUUUAAUCGGAAAAAAUACUCACAAAGUAGGUCAAGUGUAUGGAUAAAUCAUUCAUUUACUAAAGUACAUUUUUACAGUUAUUUAUGUACUUAGUCUUCUUAUUUGCAUGAGUGUAUAUGACAGAUUGUUUUAAUUAGAUAUACCCAGUUAUCAUUUAUAACAUAUGGUUUGUUUAAAAAUGCUGGAAAAAACAAAAAAGUUAGCCAAUUGAAAUGAAUGCACUAAUAACUUGCUAAACAUAGCUAGUUGCUAUUUAUUAUAUAAAAAAACAUCUGUCAACAUACACUCAUGCUUUUUCCUACCACUUGAGGCUCCACUUACCAGGUUUCGGGGCAUUAGGAGGGGUUACCCCCCCCCCUUAGAAUCUCUCUAACCCCUUUUAUAAAGUGCAACCCCACCAAAAUUUUUCUUCAAAAGUCUUUAACCCUAAUUCCUAACCCCUGUAAAAAGCUCACUCAGUGGUGUUGCUUGCACUCCACUAGAAAUGUUUCCACCAGACAUCCACGACAUCUGCAGCAAUUAGUGGGUGCAAAUACUUGCAUAGUUCAAAAGCAAUAUAACGAAAAUGUUGUCCAUCCAGUUACAUAGUCUAGUCGAUAGGUAAUUCCAGCUUUUAAGUUAUGUGUGCAGGGGGCAGCAGGAAGUAAGGUAUCAUAUAACUGAUUAUGCUGAAAAAUUUUAAUAAAAUAAACUAAAAGCUGGAAUUGCCUAUUGCAUGUGGGUCCCUUGGAUUCAAUGGUGCUGGCCAUAUUCUUACAUUCACUAUUUUAUCUUGUUCAUGAAGAGUGAGGUAUUAUGCCUUAAUUUAAUUUUCCAAAUGAUGUUGCCAUUGUUGGUAGUUUUUCUCACGAGCAGCACUGAUGCACUUGAACGGUACAGCGUGGGUGAUUUCUUCCUCAUCACUUUCAUCUUCUCACUUAAACGUUAUCACUUGCUGCCCUAUCACCUCUUUCAUUAUCAUAUCCAUCCUGAACAGGCUCAAGACCAGCCAACCACUCAAGUAAUCUCUUUCUACAAAAUCAUAACAAGAAAAUUAUUAUUUGAUACAUUAUCAUCUCUAAAAUUAGCAAACAUGUAACCUCUAAAAUUAUAUUCUCACAACCAUCCACAACUAGAUACAAACAGGCAUCAUACUCAGCAAAAAUUUAUAAAACAACACAUACAAAUAACUGAAUGACAAUAUACCUUCAGACUCAUCUCAGAACCAAUGUAACUAAUAAUACUGUAUGCACAUAUAUGUAAAAAUCUAUCCAAUACAAACAGGCAUCAUACUUCAGCAAAAAUUUAUUAAACAAUUCGUUUAACUCAAAACAUGUACAUAUCUUUCACAGUGAUACAGUCCAUAUACACACACAAUAGGGUCAAACUAGAGUAGAGGCAUUAUAAACACAAGUAUGACGCCAUAAUUUUGUACAGUGUAUUUAUAAAAUUACAGUACAAGAAUAAAAACAACAAAGCGGAAAUUUGACUAUAAAAUAUUCACGAUAAGUCGAUAACUGUAAUGCAUUGUAGUAUACCAACCUUAUUAAAAUACUGCGCUUGUUUUCACGUUGAUGAUACACGGAGAUUUAACGCCAUCCCACUUAGAAAGAAGAACCUCGAUAUUGGGAAUAUAAAAUUAAACACAAUUCCUUUUCUCAGACGGAUUAUUUAUAAAGCUAAAAUGACAGCACGUCCCAUGCAAUUUAAAAAAGGUAAACUUGAUAUAGCAAAACACAAGUCAUAAUGAUGAUCGCAACAAUACAGCAAUAACAUGCGGUUUCUUUUCACAAAAUAUCACAGCUUGACACUCUUGUCGUUCGAAAGCUUCCAUGUUCCUUUAGUCAGAGAGAUGUUCACUCCUCGACAGUCAACAGUCAAUGAAGUCACGCGUGGAAUUAGGCGCUCAAUACCCAUGAUGCUUUGCGGCCUGCUGUCCAACCUCCUCUGUGAUAAUCACUCUUUUUUCAAAAUCAUGCACACCUUUAUCAUUUAAAUAAUAUACUUUUAAAAUACUGACAAUUGAUUAAUUUUAAGCGGCUACAUUAUCCAUGACAACCCGCAAUGAAUCAUAUUACCCUUACUCUUUCCUGCAACUUCUCCAGUGUAAAGUUAAUCAAUACGCCUUCGCUCAUUUAGUAGUACUAAAUUGUAAGCAAAUUGUAACAGAUUUCGACAUACUAAAACUCUAUUAACAACUCGAACCGACUUGACCACGUAGCUCAGUUGCAUAUUGCAGAGCAUUGGACUAGUAUCCCAAAGGUCGCGGGUUCGAUUCCCUCAUUUCCGCCGUGGCCAAGCAAAUUUUCAGCUUGCCCGGUGUGGAUGCACACUCAGAGUAACAUCACAAACAUAUUCACCUGAGUAUGUAACACCGACACACACACAAAAAUCAUAUCAUAGAUUACACUGAUAUCGAAGGAACUAGAUUCAAUUCCAAAAUAUCAAGAAAUCGAACCGACUUGACCACGUAGCUCAGUUGGCAGAGCAUUGGACUAGUAUCCCAAAGGUAGCCUGCAUGGCAGGCGGUAUUUCUACGGGCAGCGAAAAUUAGGGAAGCAAAGGAAAUACCGUCUGCCGCAAAACUAGGGGUUUUUGAAUUACCCGUCCGCUGGUGAACGGGAAAAACGGAUUGGUUAGUAUUUUUAUGUAGUUGUCAAUCAACGGCUAAAUUCGGUUAAAUGUUAAUCAUUAACCAAAUGUUUUGACGUUUUGAAACUCUGCGUUUUGAAAUUAGUUCACGUCAAGUCAGACCAGAAAUGGAAUAACACAAUAAAAGAAGCAAAUUAAAAGAUACAAGCUGAAAAAUAACACUCUAAAUAGUGUUAUUGAUAGAGAUUCGAACAAGAAUAUUUAACAAAGAAGAUACGUCCGAAGGGGCCGAAGUUAUAUGAUCGGCGAAAGGUAUGGGCUAGUCUAUAUAUUUUCGUUCAGACAAUUACAUGCGUCUUAAUUUGAUAAUAUACGAUCUCGCUUGACUUUCAAAGGCCAUAAAUCGCAAUAAUGUUGACAUUUUACUAAAACUAUCGAUAGAAAUUAGGAGAUAUUUCUUCACUGAAUCGAACAGUGGGAUUUCCAUAUAGGCCUAUCAUGUUCUGAACCAAAGAUACUUGAUAGAUAUUAUAUACGAACCUCCAAAGUAUAAACAAGGGGCCGGUUGAUGCAGUAAUUAUCAAAUAACAGUUAAACUCUUAUAUACCCGUUGAAUAUGUAUAGUUGUAAACAAAUAAAAACUAUCGUUCUAUAAGGUUCAAUACUUUCAGUUUGGUUGUUGACUGAUGAUGAAUCUAUAGUAUAGACUUGCAUUGAGCUUAUUAAACCACCGUUUUAAGGCAGCUAAACGGGCUUGGUUUAUAUUAACACAUAAAAUAAAUUCCUUGAUUCUCAUCACUAGACACAGUCUACACUUUGAAAUGUCGAAGACAGUGGGAGAUUUAUUUUUUAUAUUUUAUAUUUAUAUAAUUUAUAUAUCAAUAGUUCGUAUCUCCACGAACAAUGACAGAAUGACUGAGUUUCUUUAAAAUACAAUGAAAUUUCACUCAAAAUUCUGUUUGUUUCAAAUUGGAAGUUUAAAAUGGCAAUAAAAACUCUAUAUAAAAUAUGAAAAAAUUAACUGUCUUGAAUUAUUUUGUCGGGCGGUACAUUUAUAUUGUAUAACGAAAUAUAAAACGUCAGUUUCACGAGGAUUUUAAAAUUCAGUCGGGCGGUGAUGAGAAUCAAGGAAUUUAUUUUAUGUUGGGCAGUUGGGACUUGGGAGCAGCUUGGGAGUGGCUAAUUUUGAAUAUUUACUUAAUUAAUGCAUCUAUAAAUAGCGUUGAUGCUUCAGGGGCGGUAGUUCAUUUACACCCAGUUUUGCGGCAGGCGGUAUUUCCUACGUACCGCCUGCCAUGCAGGCUAUCCCAAAGGUCGCGGGUUCGACUCCCACCGUGACCAAACAAACUUUUCACCCGGUGCGAAUGCAUACUCAGAGUAACAUCACAAAUAUUAUACUAAAACUCUGUUUUCUGACCAUCAGAAUUCUGUAAAAACUUCCCCCAAAGUCCAGGAAAUGGCAUUUCAAAGAGCUUCCUACGGCACUGCAUGCUUCUGUAAUAUGUCUGUGCGUAUAAUAUGUGUAUUUUUGUUUGUAAGUUGCAUCUUCAUUUUCCGGAUAGCAAACACUUUCGUGGGUUCGUACGCCAUGAAAUAUUCGGAAACACCCCCCCCCCCCAACUAUACAUGCUAGCUACGGCCAUGAAUAGCCCACUUUGUUAAUAUCGCUUUACGCUAGGAUAUUUCUUUGAUGAAAGCUUGCUUCGAUUAAUGUUUGUGGCGAUGUUAACUUCUUUUAGAGAUACAAGUUUACACUAACUAGGCUUUGAUGCUUACUGAAUAGUCCAUGUCUGAAUAUCCCGGUAUUCAAACCUUAGCUAUCUGCUGGACGCACUGUACCAGCGCUUUCGGUAAUCGAUUCCGCAACACAAAGAAAGCGACAAAGUUUUGUUCAACAGUAAAUAUUAAAUCAAUGAAUUUGAAUGCAUGAAUGAACUGUAGUUAAGGUCAGUCAUUUUAAAACAAUUUCUACUGAAUUUACUAAAAGCUUGUAAAUACUGUUUAGUUUGCAACUACAGUAUUACAGGUCUGGAGCAAAUAAUACAUCUUACAGAUUGUUUAAAAAAUAUUUUCUUUCUUUUUGACCAUGUUUGUUUUAUUAUGCUAUAUGCAGAAACAAUUAUUCUCCUUAGUGUCGGUGAAUAGUGCAAAGAUAUUACCGCCAUUUCGGCGAAUAAUUCUUAAACGAGCUACUGUUUAUAAUGAGCCAGCCUCGUAAUUAAAAUAUUGUUUUGAAUAAAUAGUUACUGAUUGAUCUAUGAACGUUUAUAAGCAGUAGAAUGGGUAAUUGCUAGAUAGUAUACUUCAAAAUAAGGUUUCCGUUUUUAUAACAUAGAAAAAAACAUCCUAACGCAAAAGUAAACCCUAACACUAACCUUAACCCUGAUCCCAACCCUAACCUAACCCUAACCCUAACCUAACCCUAAGUUAUUUAAAAAAAUGAUAAUUAUAUAAACGGAAACCUUAUUUUGAAGUAAUUUAACUAUUUAGCAAUUUCCCAGUAGAAUGUCCCGCUAUCCCUGACUUGUACUUAGUCCCUACAUGAGGAUUGAAAAUGCAUCACACCCCCUAGUUCACUGAUCUACAUAAUUAUGUACUCGUAAUGUGUAAGUUAUAGCUUCGACGAUCGGGUCGUACAAGUCAACCGCUGUCCCAUAUGGUCCUGCCCCAUACCAUUACUAAAUUAUCCUAUUUAAUAUCUCCAGGAACCCCAGGCAUGCCAAAGAAUUUCAGAAAUACAACAAGAUAUCAACAUGGAAAAAGAAGAUUUGAAUACGCAGAUUUAAAUAAAGAUGGUCACCUGACUAUGCACGAGUUUCUUUACUUUCUUAAUCCUGAAGAAGGAAAGCAUAUGAGAAAAUGCAUAGUACUUGUAAGUUUUGUCUUAAUUUUGUUCCUUCAAUCGUGUAUGCAUGCAGGUGCCGUAGAACAAGGAGGUGGCCUAAGCUUACAUUACAGUAGCCUGCGUAGCAGUCGCUUUAUUUUUUUAAAUUUUAUUUCAGGAUAUUUUUAUUUGAGGAUUUUUUAAUGCGAAAAAAAGAGCGGAGAAAUAUCCUGAAAUAAAAUUUAAAAAAAUAAAGCGACUGCUACGCAGGCUAACAUUACAGUGGGACCCCUAUUAAGCGUCCAAACCUCUAUUAAACGGCCAUCUAUUAAUAAAGUCCCAAAAUAUUUCCGAUACAAUUACUAUAACAUUUUACGAUACAAUUACUAAUAAACUCUCUAUUAAACGGCCCUGUAUUAAACGGACAUUUAAUUUUUCUAUAAUUGUACUUUAUCUUUAUUAAAUGGCAGAAUACACUCAUCUUAACCAGAAUGACUAACAUGCACAUGCGCGAUUUAUAACACAAAACUUUAACGAAUAUUGAGAUUAUAGAUUGUUUUAUUUACGUAUUCGCACGCUCUGUGCCAGCGUAGCCGCGUAGGUAGUGACAAUGUCCACAUUUUGAGUUCAAAUUCUGCUCCAUUUAAGUUUCACAGUUAGCCUAACAACCACUUUCGAAUUUUCAAUCUUCUCAUGUUCCUCUGCAGAUUGUUCUGUAUAGUGUUGAAGUAAGUCUAAUUUUAACAACUAUAGGAUUGCCUUUCCUGCUUGUUUCCUAACACUACAGUAUUUAAUCCAUUGACUGGUAGCACUGUCUUCUUUUCGACUAAAUUCGUCUAGCGUUAGACAGAAUAGAUUAAUGAAGUGGAGCGUACAAGAGCGCAUUGCCAUUUAAAGGUUUAACUAGAAAUACAUGCAUGCAGUAACCCCUCGCCAAUAUUUUCCGAACAUUAAAUUAACAUGAAGUAUUCAGAAAUGGCCCACUGAACGCAGGCUCGCGCUCAAGUGUUGCCAUGACAACAUGAUAUUCUUAAAUUUUUAAUUUUCUUAUACUUUUUGUAUAAAACUGCAAAAUAGUUGAAAGAUUCGUACUUUUAACUAUACAACAAUAAAUUUCCGAAAUAUAUACUGUAUGUAUAUUGUUUUGUAUUUUGUGAGCUUUGAUUUAAUGUAAAAUUUAACUUGAAACGCUUCGUAAAAUGUUUUGAAAUGUUCAUUCAGCUAUACUCCUAUAGUUCAUUUGCCGAUAAACUAAUAAUAAAACAUAAUAAGUUACAAAUAAAACAAAUUGUUAGGUAAUUUCAGUUCAGUCUUCAAAUCAAUUUGUUCUCCUUUACAUUUUAAGAUUUUUUCUCAAAUUAAACGGUAAUUUAUGAAACUUAGAGCUUCAUUGAAAAGGAAAACAGUUCAUGUUUUUAGGCAAAAAGUUUAAAGCAACAGAAUUCGUAAACAUACUAAACAUUAAAUAUUCAAAGCAAACUCGCCGUAUAUUUCACGAUUUCCCAUAGUAAAUCAAUUCUUCUCAUUUCGUCAAACAAAAUUGCUUCAAGCUUGUUGUGUAUGAAACGAUUUUCCAAAUAUAUGUCUUUUAAAAUUGAAAUCUUGGUCAUCCCACUCCUACAAGCAAUCAGCCAUAUUUUUGAGAUCAGUGAGGAUGACCACCUACCGAACCACUAACGGUAACCCACGCCCACGCUCAUUGAUGAACUUUAGACUUGGCUAAUGCUUUCGUUUCCCCGGGUGUAAAUAGCCGGGGGAAUUAGUACCCUCGCCCUGGGCUUACGCCCGGAACGGCGCUCCGCGCCGUUGGCUUGGGGAAUAUCGCUUUCCUCAUUCGACAUACCCCUAGUAUAUGUCGCAUGAGGAAAGCGAUAUCUCAAAAGACUUGCAUGCAGUGCAUUGUAAAUUUCAAGGAGUUAAAUUAACUCCAUUUUAUUUUUAGUGUUAUUCAUGUCAUCAAAACCGAUGACAGAAUAACACUUUUGGAGUUGAUUCAAUUGUUUCAAAUUCACAGUGUGUCCACUGCAGGCAUAUCUGGUUAUCUUGAUAAUUGAAACAAAUCUAUAUCACGUUGUAGGAAACAAUUGAAAAUAUGGAUCUUGAUGGAGAUGGAGCUCUAAACAUUAAAGAUUAUAUAGGUAAUGCAUGUUAUUAUUUCUCACGUUUGUGGCUAUUGGGUGCGCAGCUACAGUAAAUAUCAAUAGUUAAGUACAAUGUUUGUUCCGGUUGUAUUGUACCAAGGCCGGAUGUGGAUUUUUACAAGGUUUCUAAAAUUAUCUAUUGAUUGGUAUUAACUUAAGCAUUUAAAUACAUUGAAGCUUUAAAUUUAAUUUUUGAGAUUUAUAUCCGUUGUUCUAUAUGAGUUACAACGUUUGGGAAAAUCUGUCUCGCGUGGACAGCGACAUCCGGCCUUCGUGCAACCCACACCUCAUCAUGACCUUAUGGGAGUAAACCUGUUUAGUUACAUUUCGACAAACAGAAAAAUGAAUUUUACACUGAAAGUCAGGAAACCAUUGAAACAGUUUCAAAAAUGUCGUGAUAAUGAGAAAAUAUUAUUUCUCCAAUAAGGAAAACACAAUAAGGUAAUUUUAAAAUCGCCUGCUUUUGCAGUGCCGAUCGACUGAACAUCUUCAUCCAGGAGCGAAUAUUGUGCCACGCAUUUAUCGGCACUAUGCGCAUGAGAUUGGUUGUUCUGCCAGUGCAUGUUUUAAUAUUGUUUCUUGCAUAAAGAGGAAUCUCGAUUCUCCCAGAAACUUACUAUAAUUUUAAAUAAUGAUAUGAAAUUAUGAACUUUUCUUGAAAUACGUUGGUACAAUAUUUAGGUGAAGGAAUACUUGAAAUGAAGUCAGGUGAUGAGUUUGUUGCCAAAGUUAAAGAGUUCAAAGAGUAUGACAAAAACGUGGACGGUUUAUUAGUUGAGGUACGUUCACACUGUGCUUGUUUUCUUGUGUCUCUUUUAGAUUACUGUAGAAAACGAAAUAAAUAGAUACACUUUAUUGAGGAAACAGCAGCAUUAUUCUGAUCAUGGCAAUAAACCACGAGCUUUAUUUAUUACAUUUCGAAUUUCCUUCAUAAUUUGCACAUCACGUUGAAAUAAUUAUGGCUUCAAGUUCUUCAACAGUAAACAGUGAAUUAUAUAACGCGUCCUUGUCAAUCGCGAAAUCUGAGAAUAUAUACUGUAAAGUACAGGUUAGUUAACUUAGUUUUUACAACACUUGCAUGUGAUUUGUCUAUUUAUUAUAACUCUAUCGCCUAUGUAAGAAUACCGAACUACUGCUACUUGGAACAAACGAAUAUGCGGAAUAGGCAGUAACUUACACCAGUUAAAGAGUUCAAAGAAUAUUGCUGCAACCAGUAAUUGAGGCAAAGUACAAACGACCUAUAGCUACCGUAUUCUCGGAUUUUGCGAUUUACAGCGUCGCGUAGUAUAAUUUACUGUUUACUGCAGAAGUCAUAUUUUAACGUGAUGUUGUGUAUAUGGCUAUUAGUAAAACCAGGAACACCGGAACAACGGAACACCGGAACACGGAAAACCGGAACAGCAUCAUUCCGGAACACGGAACACCGGAACACUAAAAAUUCUUAAUUUGUUAAAAAUUGGAAAAAAAAUUUCCGGGGGGGGUGGUGAAAUUAUUGCUGGAAAACUUAUUGCGUAAAACAUGCUUUUUAAUAAUAUUCUGACUUGCCGAUAAAUUACGAACUGAAAUCAGCCUUAAAUUAAUAAAUAUUUGUCAGAAAAGAAGAAAUUAAACCUAGAAUUGUUAUUUGUUAACAAUAAAAUACAGUUGUUGUUCAAAUACAGUUGUUGUUGAAAACAUGACCUUUGCCUUUGGCCGGCUUUCGGUCAAUAUUAACAGACAAUAUUGUAACAACAGUUGAUUGGCUUCCUUGUUUUUAUAAACUUACUUAUGAAGUUGAAAAGGAUAAUUUUCAUCUCUCGUUCAAAGUUUGCCUUUACUUUAGCAUCACUUACAAUUCUUUAAUAUACGUAAUAGCAACUUGAUCUUUUUUUUUUUUCUGUGUUGGUGUAGUGUACUCAGGUGAAUAUGAUAUUUGUGGUGUUACUCUGAGUCUAUAUCCACACCGGGCGAGCUUGAAAAAUAUGCCCGGCCACGGUGGGAUUCGAUUUGGGACUACACAUAAUUAAGCACACAACACAUAAUUAAGCAGCGAUGGAAGGGAAACUUUUAGCGUGAUAAUAACCUUUCGCCGUUUCGGUCAAUCAAAACGGACAAAAAUACAAACAAAUGUAGGCCUUGUAAGUCUUAGCUUAAAUAAUAUUUCAACGCAUGUGUGUCUACUGUAUUUGUCUAUUUCACUAUGUUUAAAAUUUAUUAGCUGACCCUCAAUUCAGUAGGUAAUUUUGUGCACUUGGAAAUUUAGUACCAGUAGUGUUGUAUGGCUAUAUCCGAGUUUUGGCUUGCCCUCCAUGAGAUUCAUUGUGGGCCGGCUAGAAUGAUAUAGCAAACAUAAUAUAUAAAAAUAGGUACGCAGUGCGUACAUGUUGCAUGCCAUCAAAAGCUAGCGUGAAAACAGACCUACGUUCCGCCCGCCCUAAAAUUCGCAGAUUGACGGAGCUGUUAGACUUGCUCCAAGUCUCUCUUUCAUUGUCAUAUAGUAUCAAUCCACUAUAGUGUACAUUACAUGACGUACUACGGAGGGGCGGAGUGAGAAGGAGAGACUUGUCAACUUCGGAAAAUCUCGGUUGAAAACUGAACAGAACAGGGGUUAUUCUAAGCUGGAUUUGCUAGGUCUUUCUGGAGUUGGGAAAAAGAUCUGGAGUUGUAAAUGGAAAACACUGGAGUUGUGACUGAUAUAAUAUUGAUAAUAAUAUUGCUUUAUCAACUUUCUGGAAAGUGAAAGCCAAAGGUGUUGAGUCUAUUCGGACUGAAAUGAGACGUCUGAAGUGAUUUUAUUUGUCGUUAUCACUUAUCAGUUUGAUACGUUGAUAGACUUUGUCACUUUAGUGCUCUGUCAGCAGGGGGGAACAUUUUAUUUAUUUUUAUAAAGACCCAGAAGUAAAAUAAUAUUAAUUGUGACUGCUAAAUGGAAAAGUAUUUGACCUGAGAUUGAGCUAAACUCAUUCAAAGGUCGUAUUUAUUUCCUAAGAUGUUUAUAGUUUAUGAAGUAUGUCAUCAGUUUAUAGGAAAUAUGGAAUUAUUGUGCACUAAAGCCUAUAUAAUAACUAUUACAAAUGUCCUUCUUUCAAGACGUAAUUAAUUUCCCCACCAUUGACCCAAUAAGAGCUUGUGUCCAACAGGUGUAUCGUAUGCGUGGUCUUACGUCACGACACCGAAAAGUGACUAAGUGACUAACAGUUGCUGUGACAGAGUCACAUAGAGUGUAACUAGAGAAUAAGUGAGAUGAAGACCACACCAAAUUCAAAAUACUUAAUUAGCCGUGCUAGUUAUUCUCAGGGAUAAUACAGGUCGACACAGUAGAUCUCCUCCUCAAGGCUUAAUACUUCAACAAAGUGGCAGUUGUAAAUUAUCCUUAGAAUAAUCCCUGGAACAGAAAAUGCAAGACUUGCUUUAAUUGUUUUCCUUCAAUUUCUUUCUGUAUUAUUUACUAUAAUGGAACUCAUGUUAUUUACACUGUGCUAGAUCAAUACAUAUAAAUACGGACAGAAAACAAUUAAAGCAAGUCUUGCAUUUUCGGUUCAGUUUUGAACCGAGAUUUUCCGAAGUUGACAAGUCUCUCUUUCUCGCUCCGCCUCUCAGUGCUACGUCAUGUAAUGUACACCAUAGUGGAUCGAUAUGACAAUGAAAGAGAGACUUGGAGCAAGUCUACGGAUCCGUCGACCCGCAAAUUUUAGGGUGGGCGAAACGUAGGUCUGUUUUCAGGCUAAUCAAAACCAUGAAACGUUAUGACACAGAAUACUAUACAGAAGUCAAUUUCCAUUGUUUUUUUUGCGUAAGCACUAUUCGUCGUGAUUGAUGAUUCGUCACUCAGCAAGUAUCGUAAACAGAAGCAGUCGCCCCCCCAGAGGUCGCCCCCUGGUUAUGAUGCGCUAGCGCUUAUAACGUUUGGUAGAACUGCCCUGAAACUUAAUAUAUUGAUUCAAUAAGUUUAAUAUCAAUAUAUUUAUUGAAAAUUGGCUAUUAUGUCAAAAUAAGAAAACUUUAGAUUAUCACGCGAAAAGGCAAUGUUUUUAAUGGCAACUGUUCAUCGUUAGUUGCAGGCGACGGUAAUAUAAACAAGGUCAAGGUUUUAUCGAAAGCGAUUGACUGUUAGAUUUCCUUUACUAUUUUAAUACUAAAUAAUGUUAUUUCCUACAAAUUUAGCUUUAUUGUAGCCUUACUGAAAGUAUAAAAAAAACAUGGAAACGGUGAAUUAGGGACCGGUCAUUAUUUACACCCGGGGUUGGGGCCAAAGAGAAACUAUUUUUAUUCAAAAUUUUAUUUUUACCCAACCAACUUAAGCCCAGAAAAUUUAAAUACCCAACCAUCUCUUGGUUAAAUUUUUUUUUACCCAACCCUAGGAAAAAAUAUUGUUUAUUAAAUGUGUUUAUUAUAAACUUACGACAAUACUGCAUAUUGACAAACCCAUAAUUUGUUUACUGUAUUGGUCAUUGUAAAUCCGACAAAGCCCGAUUUCCAGCAUAUUGUCAUGAACUGGAUCAUGAGUUUGUUCCUGUUCACCUUCAGAUUCAUCUCUAGUCUCAAACUCCUAAACCCAAACUCUUCCAAAACAAGAUGCUCGCUUUCUCCAUCACUGUACAUUGCUCCUCUGGUCUAUGUGUAGCUGCUCCAAAGCGUGUUCAGUAGACCUGGCAAUGCUGGCAUGACUCUUCCGUAAUACAUCUGCUGUGAUUGCACUCUAUUUAUCCUUUUUCUUCCCUUUCUUGCUCAAGUAGUCAAGUUGUGUUUAUUAAUGUACUUUACUACUUGUCCAAUUCUUGAAAGAUCAACAUGGUCAUAAUAUCGACAACACCCGAAGUUUAUCCGACCGGAUUCCGAACAUGAAUCCACAAAAACAACAUGGCUGAAUAAAACGAAUUUGAAAGCUUUCUGAAGUCGUGAUUUUUUCCUGUGUUGGUGUAAUUAUAGUGAAGUCUGUUAUUAAUCUGGCUGAGGGGUAUUUGGAAAGAUUUAAGGAUACUGGUUUCAACGAUAUUGAGCUUAUUAAAUCACUAGAAUCGGGGGAACAGAGGCAGAUGUUUGACCUGAAUACCUGAUGUUUUAUCGGCAAAACCCGGUCAUCUGCUGAAGUUUAAGAAGGCUCUGGCUACAUAUUCUCGCAAUCCUGACAAUCCAGCAACAGAAGGAAUUGAAAAUAGUGUUCAAAAUCCUGUAGCUCAGAAGAAGGUUCAAAAAAGUAUGACUAUUGUUGUCUUCUGUGCGUAUAAAGUGCGUUCCCACGUCUAAAAUGGCUAGUAUGUAUCCAAAAUCCAAUGUGUUACUUGGAAUUUUAGCUUCUGGGUUGUGAAUCAUUUUCAUAUAUAUCUUUCCAGUAAAGAACUACGUCAGUAUAUGUGAAUGCAACUACCACCAAGAUUUAUUUCAGCUAGAGGAUGUGUGCAACAGCCAAAGAGCAUUAGACCACAUUAAGACCACUAUCAACAAAAUUAAUAAGGACAAAGGUAAACUAUUAUUAAAUCGCAAGAAAGAACUGUAUGGGGACAACCUAGAGCCCAAGAAGUGAGCAAGCAAUGAAGUUGCUUUUGUUGAAGCUAUGACAGCCCAGACAGGUGAAAUGCUAAAGGAAAUUGCUAAAUAAUGAUAUUGAACACAUAAACAAUCAGUUAAGGAAAAGGUUGGAUGCUGCCUCUGUCGACGACUAUGAGAAAAAGAGAAAAAUGAGCCAGAUUGUGGCAGCCAGAUGUAAAGUAUACCUCGAAAGUGACAUGUCAAGUGAUGAUAUGCCAAUUGACAUUUUAGAUGAUUAAACUGUUUUUUAUUGUUUUUAUAGGGUCUAUAAAAAUUAGUCUACUUUUAUAUUAAAUAAAUAAAUAAAUGCUGCCAAUUUUUUUUUACCCAAUUUUUAAGAGCUGUAAAAAUUUUUUUACCCAACCCAUUAUGUCUUAGAAUUCUCAGUUACCCAACCAUUUUCUCUUCGGCCCCAAACCUGGGUGUAAAUAAUAACCGGUCCCUUACUACAGAAUAAUUGUUAAACUACGAUUGAAAUUAUCGACGUAGAAUGCUAUUUCGUUGUAAUUUCAAUAGUAUUAAUGAGAAUUUUGUUCGUUAUUUUAAUUUAAUAUAUUUCAUGUUAUUUACAAAAUUUACUGUAGUUUUGAAGUUUUGCACACAAUAUAAUCAAUGCGAGCACAAUAACUCCACUUCAGUUUGAGUAUUAUAUUUAAAUUUAGUAUUUUGAUAGCGUGCAUGGCCUUUCACGCUAUAUAAUAUUACGCCUGAUAAAUAAUCAGUGCGAGCACAGCGGCUCCAAAAUCAGAACAAAAUAACAGAAUAUAAAAAAAGGUCACACACGACGGGGCAUAAAUACAAUAAGUUGAAUUUACAACUUGCAUUUGAAAGGUAGAUGUGCAAUUUUUAAUUGGCAUUGAGUAUAUAAAAAUGGUAAACAAAAUUUAAAAAUAAUGAAGAUCAUUAAUUUUAGCAUUCUGUGAUGAGGACCGAGAUAUUAAUAUUCGUUCAAAAUAUCAAAUUCAAAUACAAGUUGUAAAAUGAACUUAUUGUUUAUACAUAUAAAAAUGGCGCAUCCUAUAUUAAAAGGGCAUAAUUUAGUAUAUGCAAUAAUCUUUCGUGAUAUAUAUCGGUACCGCGUCGCGUGUGACCUUUUAUAAAUAUAUUGUAGGCCGGCUAGUAUGGCAUAACAUAUGAUGGGGGAGGGCCGCCUACUAUGAAUCUCAGGGCAAGCGAAAACGCGGAUAGGGACUAGAGUCAUAGCUAGGAUAUUUAUUUGUACUAAAUCUCCAAAUGUAAAACGUUCCCUAACGUAAGUGAGUGUCGAAUAAACAUACAGAAAUAGACAAAUAGACACACGUGCGUUGAAAUAUUAUUUAUAGUAAUACAGCUAUGACUUACAAGGCCUACAUUUGUUUGUAUUUUUGUCCGUUUUGAUUGACCGAAACGGUGAAAGGUUAUUAUCACGCUAAAAGUUUCCCUUCCAUCGCUGCUUAUGUGGACUAUGUGUUGUGUGAGAAAGAUCAAGUUGCUAUUAUACGUAUAUUAAAGAAUUGUAAGUGAUGCUGAGGCCCGGUUUCGACGGCGAACUUUUCAUGCGCCGAAUCUAAUUGCCGUAGAUACGGCAAAAUAUUGGAAACUGAUUUAGACGUCGAACUUAAUUGUGCCGUACCAAAUUGCGAGGACACUAUAUUGGACAUAUUUACAAGCAAAUAUGUGAUAAUCAUAUUGUAAUGUUAAAAAAUUAAGUAUGCAUUAGGUUCGGCGCAUGAAAAGCACGACGUCUAAAUCAAUGUCGAACCUGUGUCACAUAUACGACUUGUCUUGUCGCAUCUUCGAGUCGUGUCGAACUUAAUCAAAAUCUGCCGAACUUAAUUGAUUUAGACGCCGCUCCAGCGUCGCACUUAAUCCUUGCAUUAGAUUUGGCGCAUGAAAAGUUCGCCGUCUAAACCGGGCCUAAAGUAAAGGCAAACUUUGAACGAGAGUCCUGUCCGAGAGAUGAAAAUUAUCCUUUUCAACUUCAUGCUAGUAAGUUUGUAAAAACAAGGAAGCCAAUCAACUGUUGUUACAAUAUUGUCUGUUAAUAUUGAACGAAAGCCGGCCAAAGGCAAAGCAAAGCAAAGGUCAUGUUUUCAACAACAACUGAAAGAUAGCCAUUUAUUGUUAACAAAUAACAAUUUGAUUUCUUCUUUUCUGGCAAAUAUUUAUUAAUUUGAGACUGAUUUCAGUUCGUAAUUUAUCGGCAAGUCAGAAUAUUAUUAAAAAGCAUGUUUUUCGCAAUAAUUUUUCCAGCAAUAAUUUCACACCCCCACCCCCGGUAAUUGUUUUUCGAAUUUUUAACAAAUUAAGAAUUUUUAGUGUUCCGGUGUUCCGUGUUCCGGUAUUCCGUGUUCCGGUGUUCCGUUGUUCCGGUGUUCCUGGUUUUACUAAUAGCCUGUGUAUAUCGAUGAUAUGCAAAUAAGUAAGGAAGAAAAACAAUCAUGCCCGUGAUUUCUGGCUAUGGGAAACAAACACUUCUAAACAGGUCGGUUAUUAUCUUAAUAUUUUAGGAUGAAGUAAGAGACUGGAUGUUUCCUCCAGAUCAUUCAACGUCGAAACACGAAGUGGAACAUAUUAUGAGUCAUGGAGAUAAAGAUAAGGUAAGGAAAGAUUAAACAUACAGCAGAGGCAUUUUCUCAUUUCGUAAAAGGCGACUUGUUCACUAAAAUACUUUCGUGGAUUAUCAACGAGUUUUUAAAUCUGUUGUCUGUCAUCACGAAGCUAAGGCGAAACAGAACGUUUCCGUGUCAGAUUAUAGUGAACUCAUUUCGUGACAUUCGAACCAUCGUCACUUGACAUGCCAAUUACAACUAGCAGGUCUUCGUAAUCCAGGGAUCACCAUACUAUAUGUAUAUAUAUAUAUAUAUAUAUAUAUAUAUAUAUAUAUAUAUAUAUAUAUAUAUAUAUAUAUAUAUAUAUAUAUAUAUAUAUAUAUAUAUAUAUUCUUUCCACUUCACCAAGCGCGUAAUAUUUCUAGAACUGUAUUUCUGUACAUCAGAUACGACCAAUGUACUUGAGGUAUUGGUUGGGGAGUACGUAGCUGCAUGGAUUAGAAAAGGAAAGGAUCUGUGAAGAAAUGGGAAUGUAUAAACAUAGGCCUAUAAUUUGAAAUUUUAGAGUUUCUUUCGGAAAGUUUCGACACUAUUAUAUAUUCUAUUUAAGUUAAAAUAAGGUCGAAAAAUGAAAACAUACAGUAGUUGGAACACUCAUCAAACCUUUAUUUUGUUAAUUUAUCAAAUCGGGGCUUGCGAUGUCCCCCGUAGCAACUCGUGAUCGACUGCCAACUCUCGUUGUCGACCGUUUUAUUAGGUCACCAUGGUUGAUGGUAAUAUAUAAACGGUGAUAUAUAAAUAACCCAUGCAGUGAUAUUUUUUGAAUAUUGUGUUCCACUGUGUAACAGAGGCUUGUUGGAAUAGAAAAAUACGAAACAGAGGAUAGAAACCGAAAAGCCUUCCAGAAAUUGUUGAUAUAAAGAUAAGACAUUCAAAUUUUAUGUUGAACUAACAAUUUUAUACACAGCAUGCUUGAAUCUUACACUUUGUAAACCUUUUUUGUGGUGCUAACUGUAAUAAAAUUUUUUCCACAUUUUUAUAUAUAAUAGUGUUGGAAAAGCUGACCAAGGUCGCGUAACCGUUACGGCUCAUGCACUCUAAUUGUCGUUUGACCCCGGUCAAAAGAGUUUAAGAAUGUAUUAUAUGUGCAACUAAUCGCAUUAAUUAAGGUUGUCCGCCUACAAAGCUAAAAGGUAAAAGCCAAGCGCGAAAAGUACGAUGGGUGUCAUGAAUUAAAUAUCCAUCUCACUUAUUCAUCAUACGGAAACGCGUAAGUAAGCAGUGGUAAGUAAGUAAUAUUAAUGUGGUAUAGGAAUACGAUAAAAUUAUUUAGGCGAUUCCCUGUUGACCAGGAAAUUGUUAUUAUGGAAAUUCCCUCACAAUGAUUCAAUCUGGAUAACAAAUGGCAGAACAAGAAUUUAAAGUUUCAUCCCUGCAGCGUUGCCGCUAUGCAUAAUCGUCUCUUAAAAACAAGUAAAAUACUGUACCUCUUAUGAACAGCAGUAUACUCGUGCGUACAGUCUACUAUGUCUAUAUUUGCGAUGUAGAGCUAUUUUCCUGAUUGAUAUAGUGGCAAUCGAUAUCGAGGAGGUUAGUUUUAUUUGCAAAUAUCGGAAAACCCUCUCCAGGUACGUAAAUAAACUUAGAAGGAUGGGAAACGUGAACGCAUGAGUAAAUUCGCUGCUUUUUGCCUGCGUUCUACUGUACAGGGUGUAUGAUGAAAAUGUAAACCCUUCCAAAUUAGCCACAACCUGUUGAGUAUUGUAGUGAUCCGACAGCCCCAAUUGCCACGAAUUAACGGUGCGUAAAAACACAAGGUCUUCUACACAUGGGAAUUUAGGAUAACUUGUAUAAUUGUAUCAGGAAGACCUUUAUGUUUUUGCACAUAGUAAUUCGAAGUUAUUGUGGCUGUCAAAAUUAACUGCAAGCGGUUAUGUCUAAUUUGAAUUGAAAAGGACGUUUUCUUUAUUUCAUACACCCUGUAUUUCACAACUAUCUGCAAGUUAUUUGUGAAAAAACGUUGAGGUAUGACUUACAUACAUUAAUAAGUCUAAUUCAAAUGCAAUGACUGGCAAACUUCAUGAACUUUAAUCAUGCCGAUUAAAUUAGGGAAAAUAGGUGUUUAUUAAAUGGAGUUAAUUAAUUCAAUCUAUAGUCGCUCCCAUCGCACUUUUCGCGGUUGACUUUUACCUUUUAGGUUUGUCGGAGGACAACCUUAAUGCAAUUAGCUGUAAAUAGCUGCUGAAAAGCACAGACAGAUAAUGCUCUUUUGUAUUGAUAACUAAACUUAUGCUUGCUUUUAUGAUCAUUUAGGACGGGAAAAUGUCGUAUGAAGAAUUCGCAUCAAUCCCCGAGCAUCUUGAACAGAGCAGAGCAACUGGUUAUGGAGAUAUGUUUCAAGAAAACAAGGAUGAACUGUAGGAAAUAUUUUACCUUGUUACUAGAUUUUAUUUAUUUCCCUUCAAUAUACCCGCUAGAACUGUUAUUGUGAAUCUUUGAAUUUAGUAAAAAAGCAGAAACAAUGAAUAUAUUUUACCUCGUUUAACCAACUCUGAAGAAAAACAACGGCACUGGUUUUAUCAUAUUAUGAAGAUAUACAAUGCGGCGCGCAUAUUUCUAAUGUUACACGU